GUCGGGCGGAAGACUGGAGACUAUUGAGAAGCGGAUUGACGUGUUGGACAACUUGGUGGCUGGAUCUGUUUUGACUGAUGACAUUGUGACUUCACUGACCACAAGAGAUGGACUUCUAGACGCCCUAAUGGUGUUAUAUGAAGAAUGCAGCCAUGAUUAUCUCGUUAAAAAGAACAAACAUGUGUCAGCAUUCGUUAGAAAGUAUGCUUCUACUGUUGCGGAGUUGAAGAAGUUAAGGAUUAGUAUGGAUGAUUUUGAAGUGAAAGAUGUGAUUGGCAGAGGACAUUUUGGGGAAGUACAAGUUGUGAGAGAGAAAGCAACAGGGACAGUUUAUGCUUUAAAGACUUUACACAAGCAUGAAACACUAGCACAGCAUGAGAUAUCUUUCUUUGAGGAGGAGCGAGAUAUCAUGGCUCAGUCCAACAGUCCCUGGAUCACUAAACUUCACUAUGCCUUCCAGGACUCCCUCAAUCUGUACUUGGUGAUGGAGUUUCAUGCUGGCGGAGAUCUUUUGUCCCUUCUUUCAAGAUAUGAUGACAUCUUUGAGGAAUCUAUGGCAAAAUUUUACAUAGCAGAGAUGACCUUGGCAAUCCAUGCUUUACACUGUAUGGGAUAUGUGCACAGAGACAUAAAACCAGAGAAUAUUUUGAUAGAUGUCCACGGUCAUGUAAAGCUAGCCGACUUUGGUUCUGCUGCUAAGCUGUCGCCUGAUAUGCUGGUGUCCUUUCGAAUGCCAGUAGGAACCCCAGACUAUGUGUCACCAGAACUUCUGACAUCAAUCAACAACAAACAGAUUGUCAGUAAUUAUGGGGUGGAGGUAGACUGGUGGUCAAUGGGAAUCUGUAUGUUUGAGAUGUUAUAUGGGAAAACACCGUUCACUGACGAGAAUGGCUCACUCAUCAACACUUACUCCAGAAUCAUGAACUUCAAGAAAUGUUUAAGUUUUCCAGAUUCCAGCAAAGUUUCAGAACCAGCUAUAAGUCUGAUUAAAGGCCUUCUUGCUGACAAAUCCAGUAGACUGAUGUUUGACGGAAUCGUAGCUCAUUCUUUUUUCUCAGAUCUGGACAUGGACAAUAUCAAACAAGUGAAACCCCCAUUUGUUCCACACCUGUCUAGCUUAGAUGACACUUCAAACUUUGAAGAGUUUGAGAAACGACGUUAUCAGCCAUCUUUUGAUGACUACAACACAAGCAAAGAGUUUUCUGGAAAGGAUUUACCUUUUGUUGGAUUCACAUAUGUUAGACAACAGAACAGGUACAAACUCAACAAGGAUGUAGAAUCACUACAGGAAAGUGACACUUCAUCGGAGGAGUCUGUAGAAUGUCAAAAUUUAGAGGUAAAAUUGACCGUGAAAAUUAAUGAGCUCCAGGGUAAGAAUCAACAGCUGGAGGAGUCUGAGUGUUCUAUAAGGUCAGAGGUCGAGCGACUCCAGCUGAAGACCCAGGAGAAGGAGGAGGAGGUCCGUAGGAUAGCGACAGAGAGGGAGUGUAUGGAAAGGGAGCUACAGGAUGCUUUGAUGCAGAAGAAGGUAUAUGCUGCUCAGCUUGAUAAAGCCACAGCAGAGAAAGAACAGCUGGAGCUCCAUGCAAUGAAGAAUUUCAAUGAAAUCCUGGAAAUGAGAAAGGAAGCUCAAGCUAUUGAAGAAGAAAUUCUGAGGUGUCAAGUGGAUGAAUUGCAAGAAGUGGCCACAGAACUGGAACGAGAGAAAGAAAAUCUGCUUCGUAAGGUUGCACAACGAGACAAACAGAUUGAGUCAUACAAAGAGCAGGUCACGGCCAGUCAUAAACAGAUAGCAGAGCUCCAGAACAGACUCGCCAAGGCCAGACGUAAAUCACGUGGGGAUCAGAAGAGGGACCUGGCCUUGUUGGAGUCUCAGUCAAAUGCCUGGAGGGAGCAGAUCACAGAGAAAACUUCAGAAAUUCAAGAAAAAGAUAAGAGGAUACAGGAAUUGGAGGAUAUGAUGGAGGCUUAUGAGCAGCAGGAAAAAGAUUUCAUGGAACGGGAACAGGUUUUACUGAACAAACUUCAAUCAGUCCCAUCAAAGGAGAAAGUGGAUAUUAAAGUCAUGCUUACUACAAGUAAAUCACCUGGUAAGAAGGAGAUUGAGAGCAAAAUAAAGAAAAUACAGGAACUUGAGGAUUUACUGGAGAAGUAUGAGGCAGACUCUAAUGCUUGGCAAGAGGAAGAGGACCAGUACAAAGAAAUCAUUGAGAAUUUGAGUGGAGAGGUUGCAGCCCUGAAACACCAAUCCCGACUCUCUAUUCAGGCCAAAGAAAAUCUACUGGAGCAGAUCAAACUUCACCAAGAGGAAAUUGGAAAACAGAAACAAAAAAUCAAGGAUUUACAAAUCCAUGUUAAUUCUUACCUGGAGGGACAGAAAAAGGACUCCAAGGAAAGCUCUUUGGAAAAACAUGCCAAAGAGUUAGAGAUUGAAGUAGAGAUGCUUAGAGAUGACAAGAGGAAGAUGAUGAAGGACAAACUUUCUGUUCAGACUGAGCUUGAUGAUUAUAAAUGUAAACAAAUGGACAACAAAAGAGUGAAUGAUCAAAUUAUACAGAAAAUCAACCGAUUGACUGCCAAGCUGGAGAGGGUUGAACGGCAGCUGUCGGCCAGCAGGGAUCGGGAAAUUCAAGUCAGGCUUAAGUCCAGGGAGGCUCAAAAAAUCAGGGAAAAGUUGCAGGAGGAGAAUUUGAAAGCUGAGAAAAAAGAAAAUGAAGAACUUAAGAGCAAGCUUACUGCUGUGAAUGUUGAAAUGGAAAAGCUUAGACUUACUCCAUCAAGAGACAAUGAGAUAAAAGACCUCAGAAACACCUUGGAAAACAACAACCAAAAACUACUACAACUUCAGCAGAAGGUUGAUAAACUGACCAGUGAAAAGUUUGACUCCUUGAAGGAAAUCCGUGAAUUGAAGGAGGAGAAAGAAAGACUGGAAGAGGCUCUGACUUCCACUAAGAAAGAGUUGGAGAAGGUUGAAAAGGACCUCACUGAAAUCACAGGGCUCAAGGAAGAGAACUUGACACUGAAGGAUGAAAAAGACCAGCUCAAGUCCAGAUUGACAGAUCUAGAGAGUGAGAAGCAGGAAUCUGAGAAGAAACUGAGGAGGGAAUGUGAGGCGCUAAAUGUGAAGCUUCAAGGUGUAGAACAGGAGUUAGAAGAACAGAAAAUACUGUCUGCCAAACGCUGGAACAAGAUCGAGGACGCUGAGGAUUUACGACAAGAAAACAAACUCCUACAGAGCAAGGUGGAGAUGCAGAAAAAGAGGACAGAGGAACUAGAAAUAAAGAUUAAAGACUUAGAAAGUCAAGUGGCCGAUGGUAAGAGAAAGCUGGAAAAGUUGAAUGUUGUCAAUCAGGAGCUUGACACAUUAAAAUUAGCCAGGAGGUCAUCAGAGGUUAAAAUUCAGGAACUGCAGCGGGAACUAGCAGAGAACCAGCAAAAGGCCUCCCAUAACAAAAAGGAUGUACAGCAUCUAGAGGAAAAACUCAAUAAGGAAAAAGAGCAGACAAAUGACAACAUAUCAGAGCUGAAGAAGGAGCUUCAAGAGUCCAAUCUGGCUUUGAGUGAAGCACGCUCCUUGGUGUCAGCCAUGCAAAGACAGGAACAAAGUAUGAGAGACAAGUUCAACCAGGAGAUACGAGAUCUUAAGAUGAAGCUGCACAAAGCCCAAGGCUCCCUUCAUUUGGAACAUGACAUGAACACAGUUCUGAUGGAGAGACAAAACCUUGAACUAAAGCAAAAGGAAAUGGAGGAAAGGAUAGGGAAUCUGUUGAAGGAGAAGGGAACGGCAGUAUUAGAAAAACAAAACAUUGAGGAGAAACUUAUGCACAGCCAGCAGCAAUGUGAACUGGAGAAAAAGAAAGCAGACGUUCUGAAGGGAGUGGUAACUGACCUUGAGGAUCAAAUCAAAGAUUACGAGACGCUGAUAGAGGAGUACGAGAAACAACAGGCAGACUGGGAUGACAUAAAGAAAAAGUUUGAGUCUGCUGUGGAUGAGAGGGAGAUGGAGAUAGAAGGAACAAGUCAGAAGCUACAGGAACUUCAACAGGCCAAACAAAUUGCCAAUGAGAAGCUGAAUCAAAUGAAGAAGGAUUCACAAUCUGAGAAAGCUUCCCUGAAAUCUGAAAUAGAGGCUCUGAAGGUGAAGGAAUGGGAAUCCCAGAAAGAAGUGGACAGGUGGAGGUUACAGGUGACAGAAUUGGAGAGCAGGAUAUCAAAAUUCCAGGUCAUGCUGGAGUCCCAGACCAAAAAUAUGGAUGCUGACAGUGAGGAAAAGUACAGACUUAAAGAGGAGAUAUCUACCAAGAUAACAGAAAUUCAGGAUUUGAGGUCUAAGAAUCUGAAGCUGAAGCAAAGUCUUGGGGAGGCUAUGGAUAAGUUUGAGAUGAUCUUUGGAGAAAAGGUGGAUCUGGAAAACUUUGCUGAGGCUCUACAAGGUUUACAUUUCCUGGAGAAGUACAAAUUUGAGAGCACUAUUGGUCAACAGAUGAAGUUGAUAGAUUAUCUCCAGGCUCUGUAUGAGGAGAACAACAGCAAGAAAAAGAAGUCAGCAAAGAAAGGCAGAAAAUCAUUUAACUUUGGAAAGGUACAUUUCCCAGCCAUGGAAGAUCUACAGAACUCUCUAGAACUGGAACGUAAGAGGAACGUCAAACUGACGGAGCAGAUGGACAAACUAAGACAGGAAAACUACAGCCAAGCUCAAGAAUUGUUGCAUUUAAAAGGCCCUCUGAAAGAGAGGGUUGAUGGGGCCCUUACUCCUCAUGAUAAAGCAGCUGUGGCUUGUAGAACUCCUUUGAAGAGUGUUCCAAGUGCAAUCCUGACCCCCAGGGCCCAGCGUUACAACAUAGAGACCCAGGAGAUCCCUCCCCUUAGGAUGCAUCACAAUAUUCCACAUCGGUUUGUAACAGGACUAAACACCCGAGCCACGAAGUGUGGAGUUUGCCUGGGAAGUGUUCCAUUUGUCAAGAAGGCCUCCAAAUGUCAGACCUGCCUGAUGACUUGUCACACUAAAUGUACCUCAUCUGCGCCAUCAACUUGUGGACUUCCUACAGAUUACAUCCACUAUUUUACCUCCAUCAUGAACAAUAUUGAACGAAACAGCAAAAACUUCACCCUGAAAGAUACCAACCAAAUCAAAAUAAAAGGAUGGCUUAAAGUACCAAGAACUGGCAAGCCUGGGUGGGAGAAGAGGUGGUGUAGUCUGGAGAACAACAUCCUGUUGAUGUACCGGGAGGAGUCGGACGCUAACCCUAUUGACACGUUUGAUCUUAAUCCUGCUGAGACUGACGUGACUGUCCAUAGUGCCAUCAGCUCUGCUGAGCUCCCAAACACAGCCAGUACAGAUCUACCAUAUGUCCUGAAAGUAGAACACGAACCUCUAACCACAUGCUGGCCACGAAGGGAGUUGUAUCUUAUGGCAGUCACUUUCCCAGAUAAACAGAAGUGGGUUGCCUCCCUUGAAGCAGCGGUCAGAAGCCUCCAGCGUGUUGAUGCUACAUUCAAACGAACGAAAUUACAGGAAUUCCGUGUUUUAGAGUUGAAGGGAGACCGAAGGCUGGAACUAAACUGCACUCUUGUUGUCUCCAAUCAUAUGUUGUUACUGGGAGCAGAUGAAGGUCUGUUUGCUGUCAACAUUCACAAAGGCCAGCAUACCCUGGUGACAAAACUUUGUGGUCUUAAGAGCAUACAUCACAUGGUGUACGCCUCAGGAUUAGGCUGGGUCAUCUGUAUUACAGGCCAGGACCGCCAUGUGGUGUACAUUCACCGUGAGGCCAUCAAGGCACGCCUGAAUCAGGCCACCAGUGAUGAGACCGAACACGUUCCUAACGACAAGAUUCCGUCCCUGGUAGGCUGUACAGUGCUGGAGGUCAAGCGUGUGUACGAAAGUCUCUAUCUAGUGGCAGGAUUUGAUGACAGAAUCACUGUGAUGAAAUACAACACUGAGCUCAAAGAAUUCUGUAUCAGAAAGGAGUUGAAGACACAGGAACCCUGUAGCUGUGUUUGUCUUGCUGAUGACUUUGCCAUUGUAGGAACAGAGAAGUUCUACAAGUUUAGCCUAGAUCAUCCCUCCCUCACAGAGUUUGUUGACAAGAGAGAUAACUCUUUGGCCUUUGCUGCCUUUGGAGCAGCCAUUCACAACAGUUUUCCCUUAGCUGUUGUGGAUGUCACACCAGAGGGACUCCCCACGGAAUUCCUACUCUGUUUUCACGAGUAUGGUUUCUUUGUGGACUGCAAUGGAAAGAGAAGCAGACCAAAAGACAUGAAGUGGAGUUGUCUCCCUCUAGCAUUUGCAUACAGCGAGCCAUUCCUUUAUGUGGUGUAUUUCAACAGCAUUCAAGCCAUAACUAUUCCUGCCAACAAAAUGCAAACAAGAGGUAAGCAGACCUGCCUGGAUAUCUACUGCCCGCGUUUGCUGGGGAAUUCCAUUAAGACGGGAGGAGUAUACGUGUCCACAAACACUGGUAAUAGUACACAGAUGAUCUGUCUACAGGGAAACGACGGCAUCAGUGACAAGGAGAACAGAGCCAGUAAAUCGGAGAGACAGAGGUUUGCCAGCCCAAAGAGAGGGAUCCUGAAGAACACUCAACGUCAGGAUUCAAUGACUUCUAUCAGUAGCACCUCGAGCGCUGGAUCUAAUUACUCCACGUCUAGUGCCUACAAGAAUAGAAUCAAAAUGUAUGGGAAAUGUUUGUUUCUUUUUUGCGCUUUUAUAAACUUUUUAGUUUCUUUUGAAAAUGUCAAUUCUCAGAAAAUUGCCAGUGUUACAUGGGACAAAAGUUCCAACAAGUUUUCUUUGCACAAAGAAGUCGUUUCUGAUUAUGUUGCUUUAGGAGCUUUUCGAGAUGAAAUCAACACAACUGGGUGGUCCUAUCUCAAUGUCUCAACAGCUCAGACAUUUCCCAAUGAGAUUCAGGCUUUUGCCGCAGGGAUUGUGGAGGGGUAUCUGACCAAUUCCUUGAUUGACAUGACAUGGUACAAUACAGCCAAAGGCUACUGUGAGAAACCCUACAGCAAGUACUGUGAAAAGCUCAGAAACUACCUACAACAGAACAUAGACUGGGUCAAAGGUCAAACAAACAGAAAGCAGGAUUACUGGAAUAUGGUGAAGGCUUUCAUGGUUCAGGUUGAAGGUCUGGAAGCUGGAUACAAAUAUCAACAGUCUGGAGUAAUCCAUGGAAUUACAGGAAACAUAGAUCCUUUUGGAUUGUAUUUUCUUCAAGUGGGAGGGGAUUUAGAGGACUUGGAGGCAGCAUUGGGAAAAGAAGAUGCAAAAAGAGUACGGGGAUCUGGGUCAUGUUCUGCUCUCAUCAAAAUGUUACCUGGAAACAAAGACUUGUAUGUCAGCCAUGACACAUGGAACUCGUACCAGAGUAUGAUCAGAGUCCUAAAGAAAUACAGCUUCUCUUAUCAGAGAAGUUCAGGAGGCACUAUUCCUGGCCACACAAUGACGUUUUCAUCAUACCCCGGGACUCUAAUGUCAGGAGAUGACUAUUACUUGAUAAGCUCAGGGCUGGUAUCAUUGGAGACAACUAUAGGUAACAGCAAUCCUGCUUUGUGGCAAUACAUCUCUCCUACUAAUUCAGUGUUAGAAGGCAUAAGGACCAUGGUCAGUAAUUAUUUGGCCAGCAGUGGAAACUCAUGGGCAGAUCUCUUCACACAAUACAACAGUGGCACCUACAAUAACCAGUGGAUGAUCGUGGAUUACAAGCAGUUUAUGCCUGGUGCAGCUAAUAUGACAAACCUUCUCUAUGUUGUUGAACAAAUUCCAGGAAUGAUGGCUGCAGAGGAUAAAACAGAUUUAGUUCUUAAACAGUCAUACUGGCCAAGCUAUAACAUUCCGUAUUUUCCAUCCAUUUUUAAUAUGAGUGGUGGGAAUGAGCUUGUUAAGAAGUUUGGAGAGUGGUUUUCCUACAGUGGAAGUCCUCGAGCCAAAAUUUUCAAGAGGGAUAACUCCAAAGUCACUGAUCUAAAGUCCAUGAUUAGUUUAAUGAGGUACAAUGAUUAUACUCAUGACCCAUUGUCUCGCUGUAAUUGUACUCCUCCGUACAGUGCAGAGAAUGCCAUCUCCGCCCGUUGUGACCUCAAUCCUGCUGAUGGAAAGUAUCCUUUUGGAGCUCUGGGUCAUAGGUCUCAUGGAGGCACAGAUAUGAAGCUGACAAACAAUGCCAUGUUUAAAGACCUUCAAUUUGUGGCAAUUAGUGGGCCCACAUAUGACCAGCUGCCACCAUUCCAGUGGAGCCUGGUGGAUUUCAGAGACACUACCCCACAUAUCGGACAGCCAGACAUGUUCAAAUUUGACCCCAUUGUGUUUGAUGGAACAACAGAUUUCAAACCAUUCCAGAGAUAAAAACGAAUUUAUAAAAUGUGCAGAUGGAGGGGAUGGGUAAUUUUGAACAGCUGUUGACGUAUUCAUUUCCUUUAAAUUGAAGAAGGUACGUUUGUUAUACACAAACUGUCAGUGACAGCAUGAAGGAAAUAUGAGAGCAGCAUAAUGGAAACAUGAGUUACAUUACCUAUUAAUUUGAAAGCAAUAGCUUUUUCAAGCAAUUUGAGCCAAAAUUGUUUAUGAGCACAUUGUUCAAUGUAUGAAAAAUUUUCUAAGUAGUAAGCUUGUACAUUUCUUAAUUUGAUUGUUGAUCUCAAUUAUGAAGAUUUCAUAUGUGAUAUUUAUUUUUUAUUAAACAUGUAAACUUGAAUCUUUAUUUUAAUGUUAAAUUUAACUUAUUUGCAUGAUGAGGUGUUUGACUUGAAUGCAUGCAACAUUAAAAGACUAAAAUAUGAGCAUAUAAUGUUUUACAAAUAUCAUCAAGCUGCUUAAGAGGGAAAUUUUGUGUGAACUGAACUUCAUUGAACAGUAAUUAAAUACCAUUUACUGAACCAGUUUACAAAACUGGUAUGCCAUAUAACUGUAACUCUCUUUGAUGUUAAAUGUCAACAUUAAUGAAACCUUUUUGAAGUUGGCUGAACUUUUCUUUGGUCACAUUUACAGGUUUACUUUCAGUUUUGUCAUACCUGAUAUAUUUACAUCCAAUUGAAUAUUUAUCUCCUUUAUUUCUUAUGAAAACCAAUCAUUUAUCAAUAUAACACCACUUAGCAAGCCACUUGUAUAGAUUUCAUGAGCAGUGGUUCUUCUAUCAACGAAACCUACUAUGAUGUUUAAUGUGCUUAAUCCAACUUUAUAUGAUUAUUUAUACAGACAUAUAAACAAUAAAAUGCUUUCUUUGUUACGUAA